CAAAGAUAGGCAAGGGAUUCAAAUAGCGUUUUUAAACAAGACGGCCUUUUUCCUAGGUAGGAAUAUUUCACUUCCUCACUACGAACAACGGAUGCGCAUUUUUCCCUAGUAUUUGAUUAAUUAUUUUGUAGAAAAAUGACAUUAGAGCCUCUAUUUCUUCUCCUCAUUGGGUCUGGCUCGCUGUUGGGAUUCUGUUGUUGUUGAUUUGCAAAGCGCCGUUUGAGCAAAAGCAGGGGCAGGGGCAGGGGCUUCCUUCCAUGCCAGCCUUAAUACGAAUGAAAAUGAAGGGCUCUGUAAAUGGACGGCAUUGAUUCUCAAUCCGCUUGGCUAUCGAUCCAUCAUCUGGUUCACUCACUCGUUUAUGGGCUUUCUCUGUCUUAUGAGGUAGGGUUUUCAAAACGUUAAAACAUCUUCAAACCAAAAACAGGAAAAAAAAUAAAAAAUUGAAAAGACCAAUUGUUAUGCUUUUUAAAAUUCUUCAGAGGAGAUAAUUGUAUAUGGUCGGCUGCCAUUGCUUUUGUUUACUGUUCGAGAUUUCAUGAUGUCCAGCUAGGGUUUUAUUUUUGAUCGGAUGCAUCCGAGUUUUCUUCUCUGAAAAUUUCAGCAAGACCCUUUCGAUCCUUGUAAAUUCUGAAGAAGAAACAUUAUGCGAAUUCGAGGAAACUGUAUGGAACAGGGUUAAGUAUAUUACAAGUCUUAUUGGAUUCACUGUUGGUUUUACCCAGAAGUUUACUUGUAGCACUGAAUGACAUGGCUUCAUUUCGAGUAUAGAGAAAAUAUGGAGUUAAGUUUGCCCAUAGAGCAGAAAGGCUCCCCUCGAUCCUACACAAACUUCAUCUAUUUUAUUUUGUGUUGGGAAAGCUUAAGAUGCAUCAUGCUUUCUGUUUGAAUUUCCCGGAAUCUGUGUCUAAGUUUCCUUAUUUCACGCAAUUGUGUUCUACUUCUGACAUACCGUGUAGAAAGGAACAAGCAGAAAUUAGCAUAUAUGUUCAGUUUUUGUUAUUGUUUUUAACGCAGUUGGGACAGUUGCAUAAAGUAUUGGCUGCAAAAUUAAUAUUUCCAGCAGCAGAUGUUUCCGACUGAUUAUGCUAUAUGUUUGAGGUCGGUAUAAAGAUCAAUCUUUAAAGAACAUAGGUGAGGGUAACAAUAUAUAUCACUGUUUUCUGCAAAGGAAAUUAGUAGCCCGUAAUAAAGAUUGGGCGGUAAUCAGAUGGAUUCAGUGUUCCAUGGUUCUUGAAGUGGAGCUGCGCUGUCUUGCGCUGGCUGUAAAAUAUAGUGACAUAUUUCAAUACUGUUCAGCUGGGUUUGGGGAGCAGUGGGGGUGAAGCAUACAGCUGAAAUUUGGAGCAGUUGGAUAAUCUCUACUAUACUAGUGCAAGGUUGAGGAAAUUACUAAAUUGAGAAAUUGCACAGGGCUUUGGCACUGCUGUAGUUUUUUGACGUUUGCUUGGAAGCAGUUGGCUUAUGAUAGAGCUCCAUCAGAUUGGGGGUUGUUUUUAAUUGCCAGAAAAGAGAAUUACAAGAAUGAAAUGUAUAUUAUGUGUGUCCUCUUCUUGAAAAGUUUGCCGCUGUAACUUUACAUGGAUGUGCUCUAAUACUUGUGCUUAAGCUGUGAUAUUAUCUCCACUGAUUUGCAGCUGUCAUCUCAACUUGGUUUUUUUGUUGCUUCAUAUUGACAUUACCAUGGAUUGGUGUUUUGUUGCGACCACCACCAGUAGCUUUCUUGACUGGAAAUAAUUUGGUUUUCCAUUUUAGAAGGGGUUCUUGAAGUGAUCACAUUUAGCUAGACUGGAAAGAGAUUAAGAAUUUUCUCAUUAUAGUGUAUAGUUAUAUUUGCUUCUGAAUUGUUGAAAGCUUGGCUGUAUUUGUGUACUGGAUACCGUGUCUUGCUUUGAAGCAGUUACUGUAAAAUAGUGAACAUUAUUGAUUUGGUUAAGGAGCAAACAUAUCACUUCAUACAGACUAUUUGAAAUUUAUGUCCUUCAACCAGUUAAAAGAUUUAUUGAUCUUUCUGAAAGGAAAUUUUUAAUUUGUGGCAGAAUAUCGAACUCCUCUAAAGUGUGAUUGAGAGUUCCAGUGCAUUUGUUUAUACUGGAACUGUGUGGGAUCUCGUUGUAUUCUAUAUAAUGGGACAAGAGGCCAAUUGUCAGUCUGCAGCUUUGAAAGGAUCUCUUGAUUCAAGUGAAGCUGUUCCUCGUCAAAAUGCAAAGAUCUCAUAUACAAGGGAUUUCCUCUUAUCCUUUGCUGAGCUGGAGAGUUGCAAAAUACAGCCUAGUGAGCUUGAUCCUCAGAUUCUCAGAAAUCCACCGUCUGGACUUGUCGUGGAAGGAGUAAAUGCUUCAUCAUCUUUUUCAUCAAGAGGUUUAAUUCGCAGAGAUAUUAAUGAGGAUAGAAGUGUAGAGGUUCCUGAAUGGCGAAGAACUCCAGCUAAUCCAGGGGGUUUGCUCUCACAAGGUACAAAACGAAGUGAGCAUGGGGGUUCCUCCUUUAACAACAACUUCACUUCAAGAGCAGGCCCAAGUCGUGUGGAAGCUAGCCAUCCACGGAGUAACUAUGAUAGGGCCAGUUGGCAGGGCCUUGGAUCAGGAGGAGGUCAAGGAAGAUGGGAACACAGAUUAAUAAGCAAUGACAGAGAAAGGGAUCGCACUCGUCAGGAUCGGGUUGCACUUGAACAAGAUCCUGGAAGGCCAUCUCAUGGCAGCAAUCAUCUCACCUGGCAAGGAGGGACUCCUCCAGAACAUGAUGGCCUUCUAGGAAGUGGGUCAGAUCUAAGGUCAUCGAGGUCCUCAGGGGGACCUAUACUCUCAAAUGCACGGGGACAAGACCGACAUCAUGCUAGUGGAAGGCCAAAUCAUGCAAGUGAUACAUUUCAGCCACUUCGUUCAUCUAAGACAGGGAAUCUGUCACGAACAGAGAUCAGAGACAUAUACAAUGAUGAAACUUUCGGUAGCGAGGACUUUUCCAAUAAUGAAAGGAUAGAAGAGGAGAGAAGAAGAAGAGAUUCAUUUGAGUUAAUGAGGAAAGAACAACAGAAGUUGCUUCAGGAAAAACAAAAACAAAAUCUUCUGAAACCAGGUCAACAAUUAGGGUGGGAAUUAACAGUUUCUGAAGAUCAGAAGAAAGAUGAAAAAUGUCUUGUGGGAGAUGGUGAGAAGUUAGAAGAUCAACCGGCUGAUCUCCUUCUUCCAGAUCAAUCCAUUUCUUCUUCAUCCAUCAAAACCAGUUUAUCUGGAGUAUCAACACCAGCAUCAAGGCCUUUGGUACCUCCAGGAUUUGCAAAAGUAUUACUUGAAAAGCAGACCUCUCUGAAAACUGGAAACAGAGAAUUACCAGAGGCUUACUCUGAAAUGGGCAAAAAUCAUGUCAAUGCUACCAAAUCUGACCCAUUUUUGGAAGGUAAGCAACAUCAACUGGAAGAAAGCCAACCGAUUUCAUCAGAUGUGACUAUGAAUAAGCAGGAGCUGCAGGUGUCUGGCCAGGAAACCCUUGCGGCAAUUCAUGUUGUUGGGAAUGUAAAUGAUCUCCUGGGUCUAGAUAGUGCCAAUUCUUCACAAUCCAUUGGGGGCUUGGAUACUGUUUCUUAUUCACUAAAAGAUGAUCAAAUCUCUAAAUUACCUGAAGUUGAGCACAAUAGUUGGAAUAUAGGACUGGAUAUUAUAGAUAUGAAGAAAGCAGGAGGGUCUGAGUUGGGAAGAAAUGCCAGUAAAGAAAAAUCAGAGUCAAUUCUGGACAAGCUGUUUUCAAAGACAACUAAUGAUUUUGAUAAAUCAGAUAUUUCCAUUCCGGAAAAGCACACUGAGGUGAUUAGUGGAACUGGAGAUGAUAAAAGGGCACCCAAAAGUUCCAAGUUUGCUCGCUGGUUUCAUACAGAAGAGGAGAAGCCUAGUGGUGGCAUGCCUGUUCACAAUGCAUCAGAUAUACUGUCAUUAUUUUCAAAGAGUGAAAUCAAUACGACUCCAAUUACUCCCAUUGAAGAUAAAGUGCAAGUGGAUGAACCCCCAAAUAGUCCUUUGAGUUCUAUUUUUCCUCUCAGAAACACGUGCAAAGUGCUCCCAAUGCCUAAUGGGCCGUCCUUGGAGGAUGUUGAAAAGGUAAUGACAGCUGUUGUGAAACCAACAGUUCAUGAUGAAAUGGGCCAAUUCCGGGUGGGUAGAAAUCAUAAAUCUGAUUCUGUUGGCCCGCAACUCAAUGUUCUUACGUGUGAAGACCUAGAACAAUCCAUCAUUGCUCAAGCAACUGAAAGUGUUUCCAAGGUGCCAAAUUAUUCUGAAGAAAAUCACACCCUUUUAGAGGGGAACCCCUUAACCAAUGAGCAAAGCUUAAGCAUGGAUAAUCAUGCUUCUCAACAUCUGCUGUCAUUGUUACAGAAAGGAACAAACAUAAAAGACCAGAAGUCACCAAGGAUGCAAUAUCAUGAGGAAAGGCACAUCAUCCCCAUGAAAGAAAUAAGUCAUGAGAAUUCUGGUUAUGCUGAGAAGAAUGAAACUCCAGAGAAAACAGGAGCCCAGACACUAGAAUUUCUGUUUGGAAAACAAUUCAUGAAGGAGUUGCGUUCUGCUGAUGCUCCUGUUUCUGUUAAACAGCCUAAUCUCCUGCAUACACACUCUAAUGAUUCAGUUGUAGAAGAUGGUAGAGUGGAUUCAUCAUUUGGCUUGUCAUUGAACAGGAAUUUUUUUCCUUCAAAUUCAGAAUUUGAAUCACAUUUUGGUAAAUUUGACACGUUUCCAUCAUCAGGGAAAAUAAAUGUGGAAGAUGAUAAAAUUUCAGGUUUACAAUCACAAGAACUGUCUCUAGCUGACAAUGGAUAUGGACGAGAUCAAGAUCUGUGGUCUAGUAUAAAUAAUGGUAACCAGAGCAAUAUUGGCAACUCUCAUUUUGAAAAUGCAAAGGCUAUUGGCAACAGAAACUUUGCACCUUUUGGGAUCAGCAGACAGAAGUCUGUAUCAAACACAGCAGAGAAGGGAGAAUAUUCAAGUAAUUUGAAUUCUAAUUUAGGAGGUGAUGUUUUGGAAGCUAGUGGGUUUCAGGACAGGAAUUCAAUCAUAAGAGGCCUAUUUGAUCCAGGGAGCAAAAAACCUAUUUCUGAUGCAGGGACCAUUCCAACUGGGAAUUCAUUCAUGGGAAAGAACGACUCUUUCGAUACAAAAUUAACCCAUGACGGAAGACCGAUGCUUCUUGGAAGAUCAAGGAAUGGGAACUCAGCUUCUCUACCUAUCUUUGAUGAAUUGCUAAGGACAAACAUAACUGGGCCUCAAAUGUCUGAAAAUUUUAUUUUCUCGGAUGUUCCAAGAUCAGCACCAGAGAUUGCUCAAAAGCUCCCCAUUUUUACAGAUGAGAAGAGUAGAUAUGAAGAUCAAAAUAAAAGAGGUCAUGGGGCAGUUGGUCAGCAUUACCAUGGUGGUGAUGCCCCUGUUUUGGAGUCUAGAAUCUCCCUGAAUGACAUGGUAGGUGCUUUACAUUCACCAUUUACCAAUUCUUCCAAUCAGUCAGGUGGUGGCGUUCAAGAUAACUUUGGUAACAAAAGUGGGAACCAUCAGUUAUUUGGCUUGCCCUCACAUGCAUCUCAUCUUGCACAGCAGCAGUUGCUAGGGCUAGCAGAUGUUCCAUUGUCACAUUCUUUUCCUGGCCCACACUCUCGGCCACCACCUGCAUUCUUUCCCUAUCAUCAUGGUCCUGGGCCCUAUGAUCCAAAUUUAGGAGCUAUUAAUGCAAUGACUGUGCAGCAGCAGAUUAAUCAUCAACCACCUCCCCAAAGUAGGCAGAUGAAGUUGUUUGAUCAUGGCAGCUCCCCAGAGCAACAGCAUCCUGCCCCGGAAGUUUGGUCAGAGCAUUUGCCUGGAAGACCCUUUUCUCAAGAACAAUCCGGGCAAAUGUUGUAUCCACUUCAUAAUGGUCCUCACAUGAAUCAGACAGUUUAUAAUUCUUUGAGGCCACAUGGGUUUCCACCAAAUCAUUUUAUGCAGCCUGUUCCAGUGCCACAAAGAGGGCUUUCUUCAAUAAACAACUUCCCUUUUAUUCCUGACCAAAUGCCUCAUGGUCCUCGUGGCCUUCCAUCAAACUAUCCACAUCAUAUUGCUGGUCCCUUCACACCUGAAAUUCCUAUACAUUCUAUGCAAGGUCUACCAUUUCAUUCUCAUUCCAGUCACACUACCCAUGGAAUGGCUCAUAACCAGUCAUUCAGACCAAAUUUAGGUGCCUCACAUGAGUUCAGUGUUACAACUGAUGGAAGUCAGCAUGCAGUUGUGAUGGGUAAUGAUGGACCAUCAAUGGACUCACUGUUUGCAAAAGAAUCAAAGAGGCAGCCAGCUGGGGCACUCCCUGUUAGUCAAUAUCCUGGAAGGAACAUGGGUUAUGGAUAAUGUUAAGUCUGUUUAUAGGGCUAUGGAAGCUUGAGUGUUGGUACAAAUGUGCUUGAGUAAUAUCAUUUUAUUGGUUACAAGCAGAGAGAAACGUGGGCAAUAGCCUGUAGGUUCCCUUUUUCUAAGAGGCCUUGUGUUUCUUCUUUGAGAAGCCUUUAUAUCAUUGAGGGGGCUGUGAUUCUAAUUUGAGAAGCCUCUUGUAUACUACGUUCUUGGUUUUGUAGAUACUGAAUUUUCUUUAGGCAUGCAGAAUGUUUGAAAUUUAUUUACUUUAGCAGAUGUUGCACUACUUCCUUCUUAAUAGAAAUUGUCUGCCAGGCUUUUGGGUUCUAA